AUGAAUGGCAUGCGAGAAGAUCUCCUUCCCGACGACAUCGUCUUCCCCGAAGAGCUGCUGGAGCUUGGAUUCGUCAUCACCAAAAAUGACAAGAUCCGGUGUGUCGCCGCCCCGGACCAGGGCCCUCGUUACAAGGUCAACCGAAGUGACCGCAUUAACAAGGUCCACAUUGAGACACUUCAUAAGGCGAUUCGUGGCAUCAUCAUUGACCGGCUCCUGGGAAUGGGCAUGCAUUUCAUGAAAAUCCCCAAAGGCAGCGAGAAGCAGGCUCCUAUCUUGGUGUCGGGCAACAUUGACACUGCGCCUCGAGUUGUUGUUUUCAUCGGCGAGAUUAUCGAGGACCUGGGCAUAUUCUCCUACCGUGACGUUUGCGACGACGGCAUUUCUUUCGGUUCGAUCAUAGGCUUUGCAAAGGGUCUGCUUGGCGAAAAUGCUCGGGAUUCGCCCAAUGCUCUCAUACUUGCGAACGCCGGCCAGGACGUUUGGUACAAUGCAGGUUGGUCCCCAAUGACCGCUGAAAGUUAUCAUGCUCAACACCGCGCCUCUGCCGUGGUCCGCAAACGUCCACUGAGUGGUCGUAACGAUGUGAUCGGCAACCGCUCCAUCGAUGAGCAUGUCCAGAACAUCUUCGAACAAGUCUUGUUGCGCAGCGGCUUCCGAGUCGGUGCCAGAAUCGACAUCAUUGGCCAGUCUGAGGGCGGCAGUGCUGCCAUGACAUAUCUGAAGAACCACUGGAGUUUCUGGGCGCCCCAUAUCUCCUCCCUCUCAAUGAUCAACCCUGAGAUGAUUCUCAACACGGGCAUCAAGGCUGCUGACCUGAAGUUUCCGGAGUCAUUUGCCUGGUUCAUGAAAUACCGCUGCCGUGGCUGGAUCAUCUGUGACAAGCCGAUUGGCACACGUGUGCCCGAUCUCCACCUCCCGUACGCUUACAACACAUACUCCUCUGGCGAAGGCACAAAGUCGUCAGGCAUGGUCACUCGCGGUGUGGGACACAUCUUGACAUGGAUGAAUAUGAUGCAUUACUCCCCGAUGGCGAUAGAGAAGUUUGAGGUGGCCCCUGGAGAGCCCGAUCCCAACAUGGAAGCUGAGCUCGCAUCACUGAUCAACAACGGGAUUAUUCAAAUUCCUGGUGGCAAGGUUGAAAUACACAGCUUAGAAACCAAGGACCAGAUUAAAGGCUGCGUGUCCGGUGUCGCGUUCACCGAUGACAUGUAUACCUUUUUCAAAGAAAAUUUGUAUCCCGUUGCCGAAGAUGACAACAAAAGCGAUAAUGGCAGUGAAUGUUCGGUCGUUAACUCGAUAAACGAUGACGCGUUUGACGCUCUUCGUGAUUCUCUUCCUGGCGUGUUUCCCGCCGGGACUACUCUUCCCAACACUCUCCCCGCCGAGACUCCAGACGCUCCAGACGUGCUUCCCCACGUCCUUCCUGCCGAAGUUACUGGCACUGCCGACAUUCUUCCUGCCGAGCCUGACGCUCCUGCCACCAUCGACGUAGUUGCCGGCUCUUCUCCCAACGUUUCUCUCGGCACUUCGCCGAACGCUUCUCCUGACGCUCUUCGCGUCCCUAGUGUUCUUCCUCCUGUCAGUAGCAUCCCUGAUGUUCUUCCUGACGUUUAUGCUGACUCUUUUUCUGUUCCGGAAAGUCCAAUUUACUUUGACGAUGUGAACGUUGGCAGGGCUGGGCCAUACGACCUCAGUGACCUGCAAGACAUCCGGGAGGAAGAAGAAGAGUGA